CACGAUCUUGGACAGUUUCUAGAGUAGAAGUGGUAGGGGAACGCCAAUCGACAGUCACUAGCUUGAGGGGAGGGGGUUCGACACCUCUGCCUCACUUCAUUUAAUUUGAAAUAGUGAAAACAUUGUUGAUAGUUUACGUUAUACGAUGAUUGAUACAUAAUAUGUAAAGAAAAAUAGUCCUUUUUUUACGAUAAAUGUGUAUACCUAGUUUUAUACCAUGGCUAUGUUCGAAGCAUUAAGAAAAGAAUAUAGUGAUUAUUUACAACAAUGUUUCAAAGUGCCAGACGUACAAACAUUUCAGAAGAAGUGUACAGAAUUGUGUACAAAUGACAGUGACAGAAAAGCUGCAGUUGAUCAAGCACUAAGGGACAGUCUUCUUAUAAUUUUAUCUAAUAAUGUGCCAAGUAAUGUUCAACUACUUGAAACGUAUAUUACAUUCUGUAUCGAAUUAUGUAGAAAAGACUUAGCAACUGCAAGUAUGCCAGUAAUGUUACUUGGUGAUAUAUUUGAUUCUAUGACACUUGAUAGAUGUGAACAACUUUUUACUUUUGUUGAAAACAAUGUUGUUGUGUGGAAAGAAGAUUUAUUUUUUAGUGCUUGCAAAAAUAAUUUAUUGCGUAUGUGCAAUGAUCUACUCAGGAGAUUAUCACGGUCACAGCAGACUGUUUUUUGUGGAAGAAUUCUUUUAUUUCUUGCUAAGUUUUUUCCAUUUUCUGAACGAUCUGGCCUUAAUAUUGUCAGUGAAUUUAAUUUGGAUAACCAUACAGAAUUUGGUUCUGAAAAAUCUGAAAGAGAUGAUUUGGAACAAAUAAAUAAAGUUGAUGAUAAAUCUGAGAUUAAAGUACCAAUUGAUUAUAACUUGUAUAGAAAAUUCUGGGCUUUACAAGAUUUCUUUAGGAAUCCGAAUCAGUGUUAUCAGAAAAUGCAUUGGAAAGUAUUUUCAGCGCAUGCUUCAAGUGUUCUGUCAGCAUUUUCAUCUUUCAAAUUAGAAGAACAACGCAAUUAUCCUACGACAUCUGUUAAAGUAGAUUCUUCAAUGGAAGGACCUCAUAAAGAAACUCCAUAUUUUGCAAAAUAUCUGACAAAUCAAAAAUUAUUGGAAUUACAGCUGUCCGAUUCAAAUUUCAGACGAUAUGUAUUGCUGCAAUUUCUCAUUCUUUUCCAAUAUCUUAAUAGCACUGUGAAAUUUAAAGCCUUCCUUGCCAGUGGCUAUGAGACAAGUGAAACUCAUGAACUGAAGCCUGACCAAGUAGAUUGGGUAAAAGGUACCACGGAACAAGUUUAUGCCUUACUGACAGAAACACCACCCGAUGGCCCGACAUUUGCUGAAACUGUUAAAAAUAUAUUAAAACGUGAAGAACAUUGGAAUGCAUGGAAAAAUGAGGGUUGCCCACCAUUUAAAAAACCAGCUUCAGAUUCUAAUUCUGAUAUAGAGGAAUUGAGAAAACCAAAGAGACCAAAACGUAGAAUUGGAGAUGUUAUCAGAGAUGCUCAAGCAGUAGGAAAAUAUCAUAUGGGGAAUCCAGAACUCACAAAAUUAUGGAACUUGUGUCCUAAUAAUCUUGAAGCAUGUAAAUCAAAAGACAGAGACUUCUUACCAUCUUUAGAAACAUACUUUGAAGAAGCUAUUAUGCAAUUAGAUCCUAAUGCAAUGGUUGAAGACGAGUAUAAAAAAGUAAAUGAUGGAAACUUUGGAUGGAGAGCAUUGAGAUUACUAGCUAGACGUAGUCCCCAUUUUUUUGUUCAUGGUAAUUAUCCUAUCAAUAAGCUACCUGAAUAUCUCGAAACAAUGAUUAAAAAAAUUGCCAAAGAUCGCCCACAAACGCAAUCUGACAUGAAAUUGGAAACCGAAGAAACCCCACCACCAGAAGCCAAUGAUCAAGAGUUCAAUGAAGAUGUGUUACAAAAAGAAAGUGAACAAGUCGAAUCAGAGAAUACAGACACAAAAGGACGGAAAUUAACAAAGAUUACACCUGAAAUGGUGGCAAAAUUAUCGGAUGUAUUAAAGAACGAUUGGAAGAAAUUAGCAACCAAACUUGGUUAUACAAAUGAAGAGAUUAUAUUUUUCCAAAGUAAGUCAACACCAUACGAACAGUGUAAAAAUAUGUUAGAAAUUUGGGCAGAAGAAGAUGUAGAUGCAUCCAUGGAAAAUUUGGCAUACAUCCUGGAAGGUUUAAAGUUCACGGAGGCACUAGGUGUUUUAAAAUCUUAAAUAUUUUCUAAAAAAAAUAUUAAUAUGAAAAUGG